GUGGCGCCCGCAUUGCUCACGUCCCUAACGUUAACACUCAUGUCGCCCGACCUCAUGCCUGAUCUUUCAGAGAUACAAGGACAACCAGUGGCUGAAACCGCAGAUGUCGCACACUCCAUUGCACAAUCUCAAAACGCAAAGCCUGCCGGAGACGAAGGUCAACCCAAACCCUUUUCUGGCCAUACGAAUGGAGUCUGGGCUGUCGCGUAUUCCCCUGACGGGAGGCGCAUUGCUACUGGAUCGAGAGACAGGACUAUCCGCAUCUGGAGCAGCAAGACAGGCAAACAGGAAGGAGAAACGAUCAAGGGCCCUGCAUCCGCGGUCAGGACCCUCUCUUAUUCGCCUAAUGGCAAGUUCCUCGUGUCUGGCACCUAUGGCCAGCUGUUGCAGUUCUGGGACGCGGGGGACGGGUAUAAACAAGUGGGGGAUGCGGUCAAAGCGGAAACCAGGAGCUUGUUGUCGGUACAGUACUCACCCGAUGGAAAGCUCGUGGCCAGCGCCGGCGGGGACUCUGGCAAAGUCAAGCUUUGGAACGCGCUCACGCACAAGCUUGUAGUCGAGCUAGAUGGCAGUGCUGGCAGUGAGGUUUAUUCUGUCACCUGGGCACCAGGCGGAAAUCGACUUGCCGCCGCUUCAAACGACCAUCAGAUUCGCAUCUUCGACGUGGAGAAGUGCAAGCUAGCGAUUCCCCCCAUUAACGUACACAAGGGCGAAGUGAACGUGGUGGCGUACUCGCCUAACGGCGCCUUCCUUGCGAGCGGGUCGGACGACCGUACUAUUCGCAUAUGGGGUGCGGAGACAGGAAAGACUGCCAAAGGGCCAUUCAGAUGGUUUGGUGUUGCCAGUGUCGCGUGGUCUCCAGACAGUCAGCAUCUCGUUGCUGGCAGUAGAUCGCCUGACUUGGUCGUAUGCGUCUGGGAUGUCGACAAGGGCCAAAUGCUUUUCAAUGGUUCUCUCCACAGACACAUUGGUUCGAUCUGGGCGGUCGCUUAUUCGCCAGACGGGAAAUACUUUGUGUCAGCAGAUAACAGCUCGGAGAGGGCGGAUGCCGGGCGAAUACAGGUUUGGGAUGCAAAUACUGGUAAAGCGGUGCUUCCUGUGAUCUCAGACGCAGAACAGCGUGAACUUGAAGAGAAAAACAAAGGUGGUCCCGGCCGUCAUGUCCAUUUUAGCAACGAUGGAAAGAUGUGCGCUGGAGAAGCCGUCACCGGUGUGGUGUGGUUCUCUGAUGGGGAGCUUUUUGUGACCUCUGGCGCAGAUGGAGGCGUGCAAGUCUGGGAUUCACGAACGGGCCUCCAGGUGGGCGAGCCAUUCAAACAAGGGCCUGUCAACGCACUGUCUAUUUCUGCAGAUGAUAAGAAACUAGCAACCGCUUCCGAUGACGCUACAGUGAGGCUGUUCGAUAUCGAAUCAGGGGAGCUGUUACUGGGUCCACUUACGGGUCACACUGGCGCAGUCUUGGCCGUGAAGCUCGCUGCUGACGGCUCCCGUCUCGUCAGCGGAGGUAACGACGGGACAAUUCGGUGCUGGGAGGGAGACACUGGAAAGAUGGUGCACGUCCUUGAAGCCCAUACCGGUCCUGUGUGCGCUCUCUCGCUCUCCAAGGAUGAAUCAAAGCUGGCCAGCGGUGCGGAGGAUAACACCAUUUUAAUUUGGGAUUGGCAGACGUUCGGCCGAGUUGCUGGUCCGUUCCGUCACGAUGACUGCGUACGUGCACUCUGCUUCUCGCCGGAUGGGACAUGCCUACUCAGCGGCUCCGACGACUGUACCGCGCGAGCUUGGAACAUUACCACCGGAAAUCUAGUGUUCGACGCCAUACAGAUACAUUCAGGCCCGGUCGGUGCAGUAGACUGGUCUAGUGACGGUUCGACGCUGCUUACUGCUGGAACUGACGACUGGACGAUCUGCGUUUGGAACGCCGCCACAGGCGAGCGCAUACAUGAGCCACUCGAAGGUCAUGGUGGUAGUUUGAAGGCUGCCGCGUUCUCCCCCGAUGGCGAGCGCAUCCUGAGUGGUUCAAGAGACUGUACGCUCUGUAUGUGGGAUGUAGCCACAGGUGAUAUUCUCCUGGAGAAAACGAAGUCUGAUAGUCAGAACGAGUCAGUUAGUCCUGGCCGCAGUCCAUAUGAACCCCAAGGAGAUCUACGUGCGGGAAAGCGUACCACUGACCUGCCGAGGCAUUCGUACGACAGUUUUAUGGAGAUUCCGGCUACUGUUACACGGCAGAGCAAGCAGGCCCACCAAGUUAGAAACUUUUGGGACGAUGCAGACCACAAAGGUUCCGAAAGUAUCCAGACCACCAAGCCUACCGAGAAUCGCCAGCGCAAAAUGGGCUUUUUGAAGGGUAUAUGGCGUAUUCGACAAAAUGAGUCUACAUCGAAACACAGCGCAAAGCUCAAAGACAAGAGCGCAACUUAUGCUUCUGCGAAGGGGCACGUCAUGCGCCGCAUCCGCCGUCACGGUACCAGGGACAAAGAUGUGGUCACCGCUCGUGAUAAGCCGCGCGUACUUGCAGCAGCAGAAAAGCCUCGCAGGAGGCGUAACUCGCAGGAAGAACCUGAGUCGGACGAAGGAAGCGAUUCGCCAGAAGAAUCAGAAGACCCCAAUCCGCCUGACACUAGAUCAGGUAGCGACAAUGAGAGCGAUCAUGGCUUGGUUGACACUGUGUUCUUCUGCCUUUGUAUUCCACAUUGCAAAUAAUGACCGAGCGACCAUGAAGUACGAUCAGCAUGUUUAUCGUCAGAAUCAACAGCUACUCCAUCUUCUGUUUCAAAGAUAUUUACUUUGUAUGUGGCAGGAUGGAACAUCAACUUAACCAAUUCUUUGAUACAUCAUCGUUUUUCGAACAGC